GUGCCCGCGACCUUGAAAGCGGCUCAGGACUGCUGGCGAUUUCCCAGUCUAUCGGGUUGCACUUUGAGGAGGAUGGCGCUGGCGCGGGGAGCCAGCAACCCGGACCCGGACCCGGACGAUAUCCGGCCUCUCAAGCCGUGUCUGCUCCGCCGCAACCACAACCGCGAUCAGCACGGCGUGGCGGCCUCCUGCCUCGAGGAGCUGAGGCGCAAAGCUUGCGAAGUACUGGCCAUUGAUGAGUCCCUGACACCAGUCACCCUGGUCCUGGCCGAGGACGGUACAAUAGUGGACGAUGACGACUACUUCCUUUGUCUCCCUUCCAAUACCAAGUUUGUGGCCUUGGCCUGUAAUGAGAAGUGGACGUAUAACAAUUCGGAUGGAGGAACAGCCUGGGUUUCCCAAGAGUCCUUUGAUGCCGACGAAACAGACAGCGGAGCCGGGGCGAAGUGGAAGAAUGUGGCCAGGCAGCUGAAAGAGGACCUGUCCAGCAUCAUCCUGCUCCCAGAAGAGGACCUCCAAGUGCUCAUUGACAUCCCGUGCUCAGAACUGGCUCAGGAGCUUUGCCAAAGCUGUGCCACUGUCCAAAGGCUCCAGGACGCGCUCCAGCGGGUGCUUGACCAGAGAGAGGAGGCCCGCCAGUCCAAGCAGCUCCUAGAACUGUAUCACCGGGCCUUGGAGAAGGAGGGUGCCAUCUUCUCCAACCAGGAAGAGCCCAAAGCCGCCCUCGGUGGAGACGCGGAUGCGGUGGACACGGGCAUCAGCAAAGAGAUGGCUUCCGAAGUGGCACUUACAAGCCAGAUCCUCACUUUGCUGAAGGAGAAGCCUGCCCCAGAGCUGAGCUUAUCUAGUCAGGAUUUGGAGCUGGUCUCCAAGGAGGACCCCAGAGCCCUGGCUGUUGCCUUGAGCGGAGAUGUAAAGAAAGCAGAGACAGUCUAGCGGGCCUGCAGCGCGGAGCUCGCCCGGCGCCUGCAGCAAGUGCAGAGCUUGCGUUCCCUCAGGAAUUUCUCGGUGAGAAACAGCAAAGCCCCAAACGCGCCAGACAAGACCCCAAGUAGCUCCACCGGAAGCACGCUUUGCUGAGGAAGCCCUUGGUUUUGUUAGCAUGAACAACCUCCCUUCCCACUGUACUGCCUCCGCGCUGCUCUACCUCCUGCCUUCCAGGAGCAGAGGUGGCCAUGCCCUCCAGAAAGGCCGCUCCGGUCCUCACGGGUCCUUCUUUGUAGGGGAAGCCCCCCAGCCAAUCACCUUGCUUGUAGGGCGUGGUCCCCUGAGGAUAUUUCUUACUAAUAAAUAUUCCUGGUGUGCCCCCCCCUCCCCUUCUGCUUUCCUGUUCUCCGCGGGAACCUCGGUUCUCUAAGUCUUUUCAUUAUUAAAGCCUAAUAUUAUAUUAUUUUAAAAAAAGAAGCAAUGGGAAGCAAGUUAAUGGGUGCCAGAAGUCAGGGUCAGUUGUGUGUAGAGUUUAUGCCAGGCUGAUCUUUGUUGAUAUGUAAGACAGUCCUGAAUGUUAAUUGAGGUGGUGGCUACAUGUAUCUACUCAUAGGCAAAAGUCACACUCCCAUGUUAAAUAACUAUGUGUUCAUGUUAUACCCGUAUACUGGUUUUUAAAUUGUGCUAUAAUAUAUAAAUCAAAAUCAUUGGUGAAAAUUUCAUAUAGUUUUAAUA